AUGACGCAACCACCGCCAUCUACACCUACACCUCGUCGAUUUCUGCUUUCCAAGAGACCUCAGGGGUCGCGGCAGCAGACACCAGGCAGCGGCCCGCCCGUCUUCGCCGGCAGCCAGCGCUUCCAGCCCACGCCCCGGUUCGCCCCUCCAUCGUCGACUCAGCGACCUCCCGCGACACCCGUGUUCCCUGGUUCACUUCGACCGUCGAGACACCGAGACCCGAUUCAUGAUGUUCUAGAUAGUUCCCCGACAGAUGCGCCCGUCUCGGCGACGCGACCGACGCUAGGAGCCGGGACGCAGAGGCAGAAUCCCAGGAUUGACAUCGACUCUGACGUCGGUAGCGAUUCGCCGUCGCAGGUGGACCAGGAUGAGCUGCCGUCGAUGGCUGUUGCGGUGAACGAUUCGAUCGAGAUUGAAUCAGAGCCGCCUAGUGUUCUAUACAGCGAGACUGAGGAGAGGACACCAAAGAGGAGAAGGAUUUCGGUCUCGCCAGCAUUGAGCUGGCAGGAGGAGCCAAAGGAAGAUGUUGCCAUGGGAUAUGAAGAGGAAGAACCUCUUCCUGGAGAAAGCGGAUACAGUGACGAGCAGCUGCCGGAUGCCGAUGAUGAGGCUUGCUUCGACGAGGAUGCGCCCAAGACUGAUGACGACUUAGCUGUUCCUCAGCGCGCUGCCGGAGACCCGGUCAAGACACAGCCGACCUUUCAUCGCGCUCCCCGCUUCAAGCCGUCCGAAUCGGAAGUUAUUCGUCAAGAAGGCCUACCGGAGGCUUUCUCGCCACAGCGACGAGGCGCAAAGUACGUCGCCGGGGGCCUCGCGGCAGAGCUGCAGACUUGGCUGGCAGAGGUCAAGGGCUGGACAGGCAGCGACCGUCCUGCGGACCUGGUCAUGAGCAUUGCCGUUGACGUAGUUCGUCAUGGGAAUAGAAUGUACCUCGUUCGGGGACGGAGGAUUUUGGGUGGUGGGGAAGCGAGCGAGGAGAUUGCGGCGCGGCUCAUGCUUGCUGGGGAGGGGCGAUUAACGGGCUUAGGACAUAAGGCUCCUGUUGUCGUGGGUAGCGUCGUUGCGAUCUCCCAGCCUGCGUGGGAGAUUGAGUUGCAGGAUGGUAGAUGGAUCGUCGCAUGCGAUUGGGCGGUCUCGUAG